CUCCACUGAUGGCUCAGCAGAUACUGCAACAGAGUAAAGAGGCCGAGGCUGCUGUGGCAGACGCAUUGGAAUGUUGGAACACUCCUCCGAGGAAGAACCGAUACAAUGCCUUCGACGAUCAGUCGGAUGAGAGCGAAACGUCUAGUGUCUGCUCAGACCGCUCGUUCAGUUCCUACAACAGAGGUGGUUAUGAGGGCCACAUCCCAGUGCAAGAUGUGCCAACCAUCUUGAAGCAUCUGUCCAGCAUCCACUGGUCAGACCGCAAAGAGGGCUUGCUGGGCCUGCUGUCAGUGCUGCGGUCGGGGCGCACCCUCUCUCUGCCUGACCUCAAGAAGGUCACCGACAUGUUUACCAAGAUGUUCAUGGACCCCCACACCAAGGUGUUCACACUCUUCUUGGAGGCCUUGGGGGAGCUUAUUCACGUCCACAGUGCAGACUUGCACAGCUGGUUGUACAUUCUCCUUACCCGUCUCUUCAUCAAGACGGGAACGGACCUUUUAAGCUCGCUACAAAUGAAGAUUCAGAAGAUCCUGUCUAUAAUUCGGGACUGUUUUCCACAUGGUGACCAAUUUCAGGCGGUGGUGAGGUACAUCACUGAUCCAACGCAGACUCCCAAUAUCAAG